AUGAGGAGAGGAGGUGGGGGGGUGGCUGCAGCGUCCCCUCUUACUAACCCCCACUUCCCCACCCCCAAUCAAACACCCUCCUUCAACCUCACCCCCCAUUUCAGCCGCCCCCCCCGCACCACCUCCCUCCCUUCCUUCCUCCACACCCCUGCCCCACUCACAGUUCCGCGGGAGGGGAGAGGUAGGGCAGAAGGUGGUUCUCUGCUAGCGGGGUUCUCUGCUGGCGGGGUUCUCUGCUGGCAGGGUUCUCUGCUGGCGGGGUUCUCUGCUGGCGGGGUUCUCUGCUGGCGGGGUUCUCUGCUGGCGGGGUUCUCUGCUCGCGGGGUGCUGGUGCUGGCGGCUGGCGCUGGUGCUGGUUCAUGGUGCUGGCGGCUGGCGCUGGUGCUGGUUCCUGGUGCUGGCGGCUGGCGCUGGUGCUGGUUCCUGGUGCUGGCAGCUGGCGUUGGUGCUGGUUCCUGGUGCUGGCGGCUGGCGCUGGUGCUGGUUCCUGGUGCUGGCGCUGGUGUUGGUACUGGUUCCUCGUGCUGGCGCUGGUGCUGGUGCUGGUUCUUGGUGCUGGCGCUGGUGCUGGUGCCUGGUGCUCGCUCUUGA